CAAACAUGAUGUUCCCAAGUGUGAUCGCUCCUUCAGCCAUGUACCCAAACCUCUUGCGACCCACCCCGACUCUGACUUUGCCCCAGUCCUUGCAGUCAGCCUUCUCCUCCCAUGCAAUGGGGGCCAGCUUCCUGGUGGAAGAUCUGCUGAGGAUCAGCCGACCGACAAGCUACCUGCCCCGGUCGGUGUCAGCCGCCCUGUCUCCAUCGGUAUCCGUUUCCACCAGCCUCCCCAGCUCGGUGACAACCGACUCAGUCAGCAGCUCAGCCUCUGUGACCAGUCGGAUGUGUUCCCCACACAACUCCGGCUCUGGCCACAGCGAUUCCAGUUACCUGAAGUUCGGUGUCCACGCGAUUUUGUCAUCCACACCCAGAACUGAAACAUCCCAUCACUUGAUCCAAGGACUCUCCCCAAAGGCGUUCUCCUUCCCUUACUUUGAGGGCUCCUUCCAGCCCUUCCUUCGCUCCUCGUAUUUCCCAGCUUCCUCCUCUGUUGUCCCCAUCCCUGGGACCUUCUCUUGGCCACUGGCUGCCCGGGGAAAGCCCAGAAGAGGAAUGCUCCGUCGGGCUGUUUUCUCAGAUGUGCAGCGCAAAGCUUUGGAGAAGAUGUUUCAGAAACAAAAAUACAUCAGCAAACCAGACAGACGCAAGUUGGCAGCCAAACUGGGACUCAAAGAUUCACAGGUGAAGAUCUGGUUUCAGAACAGAAGGAUGAAAUGGAGAAAUUCUAAAGAAAGAGAACUCCUGUCGGCUGGGGGCUGCAGGGAACAGACCCUCCCGACCAAGUUAAACCCUCACCCUGACCUGAGCGACGUGGGGAAGAAGUCACCUUGUAGAUUGCACUCAGGAGACGAGGAGGAAACAGGUUGCAGAGACAGCCCCAAGUCUUCCAUCUGUCACUCACCAGAGUACAAGCACAUGGACAGCCUGGACUCGCACCUCAGGCUGACAUCACACCAGCACAGCGACAAACACACUUACUUUUCCGAAGAGGAGGAUGAAGAUGAAGAAAUAACCGUUUCAUAAUAUAAUCUUCGGUUCACUUUUCCGAUUGGACAUUGUUUAUAUCCGCCAAGUG